AUGCCUCCAAGCCCGGGGCACAGAGUGACGCAGAGGCCUGGCAAACCUUCGCUGGCACAGCUGCCACCUGCUGGGCCUGGCUGCCCUCCUCGGCCCCCACGUGGCGUCUGGAGACAGAGGCGGGCUGCGGGGAGCAUCCUGCACCUGGAGCUGCUGGUGGCCGCGGGCCCCGACGUGUUCCUGGCUCACGGGGAGGACACCGAGCGCUAUGUGCUUGCCAACCUGCACGUGGGGUCGGAGCUGCUGAGGGACCCGUCCCUGGGGGCUCAGCUCCGGGUGCACCUGGUGAAGAUGGUCAUCCUGACGGAGGCCCAGAGCGCUCCGAACAUCACAGCCAACAUCACGGCGUCCCUGCGGCGUGUCUGCGAGUGGGGCAGGAAGGUCAACCCCCCGGAGGACUCGGACCCUGGGCACGCCGACCUGGUCCUCUACAUUACCAGGUUCGACCUUGAGCUGCCUGACGGGAACCGGCAGGUUCGGGGAGUCACCCAGCUGGGGGGCGCCUGCUCCCUCUCCUGGAGCUGCCUCAUCACUGAGGAUACUGGCUUCGACCUGGGGGUCACCAUUGCCCACGAGAUUGGACACAGUCUGCACGCGCACCCGGGCCUCUACUACGGCGCCGAUGAGCAGUGCCGCGUGGCCUUCGGGCCCUCCGCCGUGGCCUGCAGCUUCGCCAGCCGGCACCUGGAUAUGUGCCAGGCCCUCUCGUGCCACACGGACCCUGGGGACCAAAGCGGCUGCAGCCGCCUGCCCAUCCCUCUCCUGGACGGGACCGAGUGCGGCGUGGACAAGUGGUGCUUCCGAGGCCGCUGCCGCCCGCUGGCGGGGCUGCCCCCCGUGGGGGCCGUGCACGGGCUCUGGUCCAGCUGGGGUCACCCCAGCCCUUGCUCCCGCUCCUGUGGCGGCGGUGUGGUCACCAGGCGGCGGCGGUGCGACAACCCCAGACCUGCCUUUGGGGGGCGCGCGUGUGUGGGGGCCGACCUGCAGGCGGAGAUGUGCCACACUCAGCAGCUGGGCCCGCGCUCCGGUGGCGCCUGGCGCCUCCCCUGCCCACGGAACCCUGGGGCGCAGGUGGGGGCUCUGCGGCUCCUUGAGGAGUAUGUCACCUUCCUGACGGUCACCCCCAACCUGACCAGCGUGUACGUCGCCAACCGGAGGCCCCUCUUCACACACCUGGGUGAGCUGCCGCGGGCUCGCCAGAGCUGGCCGCCGUGGAGGUACAAGCUGGCCGCCUGCAGCGUGAGCUGUGGGGGCGGGGUGGCCAGGAGGGUCCUGUACUGUGCCCGGGCCCGAGGCGAGGACAGGGGCCAGGAGAUCCUCCCGGACUCCCAGUGCCAGGGGCUGCCCCGCCCGGAGCAGCAGGAGGCCUGCAGCCCGGACCCCUGCCCGGCCAGGUGGAAGGUCGUGGCCCUCGGCCCCUGCUCGGCCAGCUGCGGCCUCGGCACCGCCGUGCGCUCGGUGGCCUGUGUGCGGCUGGACCAAGGCUGGGACGUGGAGGUGGAUGGGGCGGCCUGUGCAGGGCAGGUGCGGCCGCAGGCCAGCGUCCCCUGCAGCGUGGCCGACUGCACCCACCGGUGGCAUGUCAGCGCCUGGACGCAGUGCUCUGUCUCCUGCGGGGAGGGCAUCCAGCUCCGGCAUGACGCCUGCCUCGGACCCCAGGCCCGGGCGCCCGUACCAGCCGACUUCUGCCAGCACCUGCCCAAGCCCAUGACGGUGCGGGGCUGCUGGGCCGGGCCCUGCCCGGGGCGAGCCACGGCCAGCCCGGAGCCCUGGGAGGGAGCUGCUGCUCCAGGCGGGACCACGGCUGCCACCCCUGGGCCUCCUCCGGAGUGGCCCCCGCGCCCAGCCCCUCGGCUUUGGGGGCCCCAGGAGAGCUCCAGCGAGUCCAGCGCCUGUGGGGGGCUGCGCCUGGAGUCAGAGGGAACCAUUGACAUGCGAGACCCGGUGUUCACUGACUGCACCGUGGCCAUCGGGCGGCCCCUGGGCGAGGUGGUGACCCUCCAGGUCCUCGAGGGUUCCCUCAACUGCAGCGCUGGGGAGAUGCUGCUGCUGUGGGGGAGGCUCACGUGGAGGAAGACGUGCAGGAGGCUGGCGGGGGCCACCUUCAGCUCCAGAGCCAACACGCUGCUGGUGAGGCAGCGCCGCGUGCGGCCACAAGGGGGCGUGCUGCUGCGCUUCGGGAGCCGGCCGGCCCCGCGGGCCUUCCACAGAGAAUGUGACCUGCAGCUCUUCGGACCCCGGGGUGAAAUCGUGAGCCCCUCCAUAAGUCCAGGUGGGAGGAACGCGGGGGGCUGCCGCGUCUUCAUCAGCGUGGCCCCGCAGGCCCGCCUCGCCAUCCACGCCCUGGUCAGCGGGCCGGGCCCCGGCGCCGAGGGCUCCAGCACCAGCUACAUCUCGGUCCGGGACACCCACAGCCUGAGGACCAGGACUUUCCACGGGCCACAGGCGCUGUACUGGGAGUCGGAGGGCAGCCAGGCCGAGCUGGAGUUCAGCCAGGGCUUCCUGGAGGCCCAGGCCAGCCUGCACGGCCAGUACUGGACCCUCCAGCCUGGAGCGCGGCGUCCCGGCAGGGCCCUGCCCCGGCCUCCUCCCAAGCACACCCAGGGGCCCGGGGUGCAGGCCGCUGCCCCCUCCCAGUCCUGGGGGGGGGAGGAAGAAGGGGCCUGA